AUGGAGGGAGUGAGGGAGGCAGGGAGCAGCGGAGGGAGGGGUUGCGGGGCUUGUUCAGAUAAUAGCCGGCGGCGGGUGAAGGCGUGGGCAGCGGGUUGGCGGCGGCUCUCUUCCGUGCCAAAAGCGGUCGUGGACAAAGCUGAACGGCGCCGAUCAAUAUGCAGGGAGGACCCGAUCUUAUUAACACCUAAAGCAGGACAUCAGGAGCGCAAAGCAAAUGCCAGGCUGCUCGCUCAAUAUCCACUAUGGAAAAAGUUACUGCUUAAUGGUGAUCGGCCGCAGCUGCUCUGUCAGAGCAAACCAUUUUACGGCGGUGUGGAUCCAAGAGGAGACACUGUGGAAAGGAUGAGAGCCGGUCAGGGAUGCAUCCACACCUGCACACUCCCUGGAGAACUCUACCAGAUGACUGAGGGCAGACUGUGUCAAGUGCAGCUGCUGGAUGACAGGAAGCUGGAGCUGCUGGUCCAGCCGAAGUUGCUGUCGUACGAGCUCCUCGAUUUGGUGUCCUCCCACUUCAACCUAAAAGAGAAAGAAUUCUUCGGACUCGCAUUUUUUGAUGACAAUGGUCAGUGCAAGUGGCUGCAGAUGGACCGCAGAGUUCUUGAGCAUGACUUUUCAAAGAAGCCUGGAGCCAUUGCUCUCAACUUCCUAGUCAGGUUUUAUGUCGAAAACAUAGCUCAGCUGAAGAACGUCGUAACUGUGGAGUUAUUCUACCUGAAUGCAAAAUCAGCUGUCUACAAUGGGAUUAUUGAAGUGGAAACUGAGAAUGUCUUCAAGUUAGCAGCAAAUGCUUUGCAGGUUUGGGCUUUUCAUCAUUUCCAAUACAUUCAAAUUUGCUGCAUCGAGAAGCGAUAUGAUCUAACUGUGUAUAUGUUUCAUCACCAGGAGGCUAAAGGAGACUAUACAAGUGACGAAAACACUCGUGCCGAUUUGAAGAAACUACCAACUCUUCCCACCAAAGUACUCAAGGAACACCCAUCUCUUGCGUACUGUGAGGAUCGAGUGAUUGAAUAUUAUAAGCAGCUGAAAGGAGUCUCCAGAGGACAGGCCAUUGUGCAGUAUUUGACGUUGGUGGAAUCGCUGCCUACGUAUGGUGUGCAUUACUACGAGGUUAAGGAUAAACAAGGGAUCCCCUGGUGGCUUGGAAUCAGCUAUAAGGGCAUUGGCCAGUAUGAUCUGCAGGACAAAUUAAAACCCAGAAAGCUGUACCAGUGGAAACAGCUGGAAAAUCUCUACUUUCGGGAGAAGAAAUUUGCCGUAGAAGUUAAUGACCCCCACAGGAGAGCAGUUACCAAACGCACCUUUGGACAGACAGGGCUGCUCAUCCACACGUGGUAUGCCAGCCAUUCUUUAAUCAAGACCAUUUGGGUCAUGGCCAUUAGUCAGCACCAGUUCUACUUGGACAGAAAGCAAGGCAAAGCUAAGGUUGGACCGGCUAGAAGUUUGGAGGAAAUUGCCAUGGACCUCACAGAGCACGGAGCAGCAAAAAUAAACAGACUGGGAGACAUAGGCCUAAAAAAUAACUUUAUAACAGCCAGCAAUGGGAGCUUGGUGUCCACAGGCUCAGCAGACUCAGAAAUGAGCGAGGAACAGAAAAAAGAGAAACUCUCCGAGCUGAGGAAGAAAGAACAGGAGAUCCAAGAUAUUUUGGUCAAGAAAACAAAAGAGCUGAAGAAGAUUUGCCUCAGAGAGGCGGAAUUAACAGGAAAACUUCCAAAGGAGUAUCCCCUCUCUUCAGGGGAGAGACCACCGCAGGUCAGACGACGUGUUGGUACUGCUUUCAAGUUAGAUGACCUCUUCCCCUACAAUGAGGAUCCCUUUUUGAGGAACCUGGAGAGCAGAUUUGCCCUUCAACAAAAGAUUGUGGAGGCAGCCAAGAAGCUGGCCAAUGAGGCAGAGCUGUGCAAAACAGUCAAGAAGAAGAGGAGGAGAAACUGUCUGGAUGCUAUGCACAAACUCCAGCAGAUAGAGGAUGAGAUGAACCAGUACAGAGUCAAGAAAGGAAAAAAGCCCACACAGAGGGCGUCAGUCAUCAUAGCAGAUGAACUUGUCCGGUCAAACUGUAGCUCUCUGUCUAGUCUCCCGCUGGAUGAUGAUGACUCAGAUGGUGCAGGCCAAAGGCCACGGUCACGCUCCGUCCAAGGUUCCCCUCAACUGAGUCCGAUGCGCUCACUGGGAGCGGACUAUGACGCAGACAGACAAGGAUCCCUGGCAGGAAAUCACCACAAAAACCACAGCAGAUUAGUUUUUGAUGGCCAGGAGGCUUCCCAUCCCUACCAGAAUUCACGAGAGGUCUCCUCUACCCACAGUAGUCCCUAUAAAACCCUUCCAAGACCUCCCAGAGAUCCACACAGCAUGCCUCCCACCCCGGCAAUGACCCGCAAUGCUUACAGCAGCAGCCAGCUCAGGUCGGAGGGGUCUCCUCAUUACUUCAGGCAUCGCAGUGGAAGUCUGGAGUCUCAGCCCCGGCUGAGAAAAGACACAGACCCGGAGAAGCCCGUCUUUAUCUUGUCACCAGCUGACCGCAGCAACAGCACCGAGGUGUUGGAAGACUGCUCCUCCUACACCAGCCAGUCAAGCCUGGACUACUGCGGAGCAGCUAAUUCCCACUAUAACACACUGGACUCUCGCACCUCCACCAUACAUCGUCUACACAGGAAAAUGGAAGUGUAUGGUAAUACUGGAAGCAUGCCCAACUUGGUCCAGCACCACAAUGGUUGCAAUUACUCAUGCGAGGCCUCAACACACUUCGCGCCCAGUGCCUACUAUGUCACUGGCUACCCCUGCCCGGACAUGGAGCCUUACGCUAAUGGUGCCUACGUGUAUGAGAGUGAGGUUGAAGGCCACUACAAUGUGAACCCCUCCUACCAAAUGAACGGCUACCAUGGACACGACAGGUUCAGGCACUACAGCAGUGAUGGAGCUGAUAGCCUUUCUCAGAAUCCUUAUGCAACUGUGAGACCACCACGGAGCCGAGAGGGCCCCAGAAAUGAGCUGUUGGCCAAAAACAUGCAGAAGGCCUUGGUGGCAGAACACCUUAGAGGCUGGUACCACCGGAGCAGAGGCCACCGGGAGGGAGGGAGGGGACUGAUGGCUGGAUACGACUUUGACAACGGCUCACAGUUGAGCCUAGGCUACCAAACCAUGCCAGCAGCCUUCAGCCACUCCAGCAGGACCACUUCUUUCUCCUCAGUGUCUUCAGCUGAGAGCACAGGGAACUGGCGCAACCAGCUGGCAGUUGGCCUAACAGAGUUUGAUACGCCCGACACUCCUCAGCACCCUAAUCCUGGAGCUGCAGUGUCUCUGUGCAACCGCAGCCCCACACACAACAGAUUUCACCUGAAUGGAAGCUAUAUGAGCAUCCACUGAGGAGGACCAAGCCAAACGGUGGCACAAACAAAGCCAUGUCCAGCAGCACAUGAAGGGAAAUGGAGCUGAAACGCAGGCUUGUCACAGGAGUUCUUUGCAUUUAAAAAAAAAAGCAGUCUUUGGCGAUAUCCUGUCUGAGAAGGUUUUUGCAGAGAGGCGUACAUUGUCCUAAUGUCACAGUAAGCUCUGAACACAGUGAUGACACUCUUGAAUGACUUUCCUGUGUGCCUUGAGGAAUUGUACAGGCAGAUGAGAAUGUGUCAAGAUGUUGCACAAGUACACUGGAUUCAAACCCUGAUGUGUAUUGAGAAUAAAAAUUUUAAAAAAAGAAAAAAAAAGUGUAUUUUAAGAAGAACUAGCUACUGCCUUACAAAAAUCAGUAGGUGAUAGAAUAAAAACAAUCAUCCAUUUCAUUUUCAUGACAAUAGACUUGACUAUGAUGUCGAGGUUGUAAAAAUCUACACAUCCACAGAAGCAACAUAACAGGAGCUGAUUAGAUCAUUAGAACAGGCUUUGUCUUUUCUAUUUCUUAAAUUUUUAAACUCUGAGUCAUAAUGUAUAAUGCCAAUAUUGUUUCUAGAUCCAUUUGUCUUCUCGGUGCAGUUACGUGUUUUAAAAAUGCAUGGUGAUUAAAUCAGUUUUUGUUGGUUAAUUAGAAAAGAAAGCACUGCCAUAAAAAUCCAUAUCCACAUACUUGUUUUCUCACAGAUUUGUACAGUAAGUGUGUAGUUCUAUGUAGUUAGAUAUAAUAUUUUCCAUUUGGAACGAGGAGGUAAAUAAAUACGUGUGUGACACAUAGAUGGGUGUCGUCUCUUUGUUUGAGGCUUGCAGAGCUGGCAAACAAGCUGUUCA